AUGGAAAAUAAGCAAAACACCACAUGGCUCGACCAUUUCAACAAACUCCCAUUAACUCCUUUCGAGAAGUAUGGUGGAUUUUUGCUUUACUUUUAUGUUGUUCUCCAGUGUGGAUUUGCCACAUACCACCUAACUGACAAGGUGAUCUUCCCAUCUUUCAAUCGUUUAUCUCUCUUUGUAGAGCACGUUUUUAAGACGCGCUUUUUCACUCCAUUUUUCAUUCAACUUGCUUCGAGUCUUCCCGAAGUGUGUGUCGGCAUUUUAGGACUUUUAUUUAUGAACUACUAUUCAACAUCAAGUGGGUUAAUCAUAGGGAGUGCGUUUUUAAGUGUUGUUGUCUUAACUGGACUUCCCACACUUUUAUCGCACGACAAUAUCAUAAUAUCUAAAGUGACAUUUGUGAGAGAGGCACUUAUUCUUCUUCUUGCAAUAUUGUUUUAUUACAUCUUUGCGAAGUCGUUGCCGAGUGUUGAUGAUAUCAAAUUUGGUAAAGCGUUGUUAAUAUUAAGUUUGGUGGUCUAUGUGUUCUAUCUACUUGCCGUAUUUAUCACAACAAAAUACUCACGAGAACUCAUCACACAAGAAUUUGUCGAUAACAAAACACCGUUAAAUCUCUCAGAGCCGGAAGUGAAUAAAGAGGGCAUUGAGAAGAUACGAAGUGGAAUGCAAUACAUCCGAUCACCGGACUAUAGCGAAGUUGCGUAUUCCACGUCACAGUGGACGGAGCAUUGGGUUGAUUUAUAUCAGGACGAAAUAUUGAUCAGGAAAGACCGAUCCCCACAGUCCCGACCAUUAGUAACUGUUGACACUUCUGAAAUAGUAAGUAUCAUGUGUGAUACAUUAGACGAUACAUUAUUUGACAUUUACACUUCGGAUCAUCAAUGUUAUGGAUUUCGGAGUAAACAACGGCAGGAGUGGAUACGGAAUUUAAACUUAGUGACUGAAGAUAUAACUCUAAGACCGAAUGAAGUCGAUUGGAAAGAAAUGAUCGAGUGGAAGCCACUGACAGGGAAAUUGUAUCAAGGGGUAUCCCUCUUUAUCUUUUGGCCGGGUAUUCUCUUAUGUAAAUUAACGGUCCCAUUCGACUUGUUUUAUGGGAGUGCAGUUGUGAGUACUUUCAUAUCUAUUCUUUACUUCUAUAUCUUUGGGUUUGUCGAGGUCUUAAUAUGUUUGCGACUGGAAAAAGUGUUUGGGAUCAGUGCGGAUAUCCUUGGUGUUAGUCUCAUUUGUGUCAUAGGAAUAGGGCUGAGACAUUUUGCUGUUGGCUGGAAUGCGGGGCGAAAAGAUUGUGGGAACUUGUCCGUCCUUCAAGGAUAUUCGCAAGCCAUUUUCUUCAUGCUUGUAACACUGAGUGUGCCUUGGACUAUUUUUGUGUUUGUGUUCAAACCCGUAUUUGUCAUCUCUUCGACCUUUUCAGGUUAUGUCCUUGAAUUUUUCCUCGGUGGAUUAUUCAUUUUAAUAUUAGUACAUCUUGUGUUGGCAAUUAGAAGUACACAAGUCUCGAUUGGAAAGUGGUUUGGUGGUGUUCUUCUAUGUGUCUUCUUAAUUCUUUUUAUCUUAGUAAUGAUACCACCUUUCAAAUUGGGAAUGUGA